AUGAGAAACAGCCCUUUCGUCAGCCCGGCGUCUGUCUCUCAUUCGGCAAGAAGAGCCAACCAUCCCAUGCUGACCUGUCGUGCUGCCACGUCAGCAUCGCUAUCCCCUCCUUUGGGUUCGCUCCCAGACCCCUUCCGAGGCAGGCUUCUAGGCCCUCCGCCUGCGGACCAGCACUGGUGGGAUGCGCUGCUCUUCGCCGGGCCUCUUGUGGUUCGGACCGGGCCUGAGCAGGCGGCUCUGGUGGGCGGCAAGGCAUGGCGGAUGUAUUACCAUGGGAGGGACACAGAGGAGUGGGGCAAGGGCGUGUGUGCGCAGCCAGGCACUCCGUUUGGGCGAGUGGGCUUGGCUGUCAGCAGCGAUGGGAUCACGACUCAGGAUGGCUGUCAGCAGCAAGGGGGUCACAUGGGAGAGAGUGAGUGUGUUGACUAUGGGGGAGGUAGGUACCACGGGCCUUUACCUGGUGGUGCCGUGUUCGACCCCUCGGAUGACCCGUCAGCCUUUGACAGUGUGCAUGUGGGGUGCAGUGACGUGUUGCUGCUGCCCGAUGGCACGUGGCUCAUGCUCUACUAUGCAGGUGGUUUGGACCCAGGUCGUUUCCCGGCCUGGCCAGCUGGCAAGACGGCACUGGGUGCACGCAUGCAUUGUGGCGUUGCCACGUCAACAGAUGGGGUGAGGUGGCAGCGAGCAAAGGCUCCUUUCCUGGACGUGGGUGACGUGGGCAGCUGGGAUGAGCUGGCAGUUUCCUGGCCACGUCUGCACAGCAACACAGGAGCUUUUACUGGGGUACCUCAUAAUGGGUCUAACUGGAAAGGCAAGACAAGUGAGGGAGCAGUUGGGAAAGAGGGAGGAGGAGGGGAAACAGAAAGAGCGACGGCCAAAGACGCAGUUCUGCCAUCGUUCGCUGAGAUGGCGGAUGCUGAUUGGCUGCUGACGUACCAAUCCGUGGGCGACCCACACGCCCCUGGCCAUGCUUACAUGGGGGAGGACGGGGAGGUGGACCAAGUACCAGAGUCGCUCCCUCAGUACUGCUACACCAUUGGCUCAGCUGCCUUUGAUCCGAGCACAAAGACAUGGACUAAGAAGGGGUCCUGUAUCCGCAGAGGGCCCUUGGGAGCAUGGGACGAGGCAGGGGCCAACCGUCGCCAUGUGGUGCCCUUGGCUUCUUUUGGCCCAAAGGCCGUUCGGAAAUGGGAGGAGGAGCUGAGGGGACAGAAGGAGCACAUGGAGCAGCAGGAGCAGAAAGAGCAGCCGGGGGGGCAGAAAGAGGAUAUCUGUGCUGCAGGUGAAGGCAGUAUCCCGCCAGUACUGCUUAUGUUUUAUGAAGGGGCGCGUUAUAAUGGGACGUACUCAAUCGGGCUAGCUUACUCUGCGGAUGGUGGGGAGACGUGGGAGAAGGCCCAGCAUGUUGGGCCCGAACCUGGUGGCCCGAUCCUCCAGCCAAGGUUCGGAGAAGAGGUUUGGGACAACCUGCUCGUUGGGACUCCACACCUGGUAGUGAUGGGUGAGGGAGGAGUGGAGGGAGGUAGUGAGGAAGCCAGGGAGGGGAAGUGUGAGGGAGGAGGGGAGGAGGGGAGUGAGGGAGAAGUGGGGAGUGGCAGGGUUCUAUUGUACUACACUGGGGUUGGGGAGGUGAAUGGAUGUGGGAGAGGGGGAUAG